AUGAGCAAGACAUUCGUCCAGCUAGCGGCUGGCGCCUCGACCAUCGCAGUCAUCGCCUCGUUGGUGUGCGCCGUCUACAUCUUCAACGACAUCAACUCGUUGUACGAUGAGAUCAUGGACGACAUGGCCGAGUUCCGUGUCACCUCCAACUCCGCCUGGUCCGGCAUGCUGAGCCAAGCCCCCAAACGCCCACUCCCUGACUUCCAAGUCCUCAUUGGUCGUAACAAACGUCAAGCCGGCUGCGCUUGUGCUCGUCAAGCCUCCCAAUGCCCACCCGGACCUCCAGGCCCACCAGGAACUCCAGGUCUCCCCGGAGAUGAUGGACUACCAGGACAGGCCGGACGUCAAGGAGGAGCUGGAGUUGCUCAAAUCAGCGACCAAGUUGGAGCUGGAGGAUGCAUCACUUGCCCAGCCGGACCACCUGGCCCACCAGGACCACUCGGAGCUCCAGGACCAGCUGGAAACCCAGGAGGACAAGGACAACCAGGUGCUCCAGGACAAGGAAGCGGCCCAGGACCACAAGGACCACCCGGUGAUGCCGGAGCUCCAGGACAGCCAGGAGGCCCAGGACAGGCAGGUCAACCAGGACAGCCCGGAUCUCGCUCUCACCCAGUUCCCGGACCAAAGGGACCAAGCGGACAGCCAGGUGCCCCAGGACAGCCAGGUGCUCCAGGACAAACCCUCGGCGGACCCAUCCCAGGCCCACCAGGACCACAAGGUGCUCCAGGACAACCAGGACAGCCAGGUAGCGACGGACAACCAGGAGCUCCAGGAAACGAGGGAAUCACCGGAAAGGACGCCGCCUACUGCCCAUGCCCGUCACGAGGUGGUGAGGCUCCAGUUCAAGGAGGUAACUCGGGUGCCUACAACGCCGCUCCAGUCCCACAGCCUUCCUACAACGCUGAUGUUGGAGCUGCUCCACAAGCUGGUGGUUAUCGUCGCCGUGCCUUCAGACACCGUCAGCGUGCCGCUCAACGUACUCGUGCCGCCGUUCGCACUCGUGUCGCUGCUCGUCGUGCCGUCGCUGCUCACAGACAAUAA